CCAGCAUGUGCCUCAUUCAACUCCUUCUGCCCAGGUUGUGAGGGAGGAAACAGUGGCAGCCAGCGAGGCAGAGGAAGGACGUGCGCUCUAACUCUCAGGACAACAAACACUGUUCUGUUCCAUGAUUUUUAUUUUUCACCUGGGAAUAAGAAGAAGGAACAGAAGGAAUCAGGCUGAGAAGAAGUGAGACCUAAAGCACCAGCAGGUUUCCAGGAGUGGGGAACUACCCAGCAGUAGUUCCAGCAGAGAGGUCGACCACAGAGUGACCUUUGGGGAGUCAGACCCCCCCCAGGAUCUACAGUCAUGGAGCCAUUUAUGUCAUCGGAGGUGGAGGGGGAGCCCAAGGAGAGGAAGAAGAUUCACUUCGCUGUGCCGUCUUCUGCACCCCCCAACCUGGACCCUCGGCAGGUGGAGAUGAUUCGGCGCAGGAGGCCCACACCUGCCACACUGUUCAGAGUAGCCGACCACACGUCUCCUGAGGACGAUCAGUCCACUCAUCAGGUAAAGUGGGUGGUGGGAGAGAACGGAGUGCUCAAACCAAAACGUGUCAGUCCAAAUGUGUAUCAGCCUCCGUCACUCAGAGCCGUACAGAAGAUGGCUGAAGCUCAAAUGCAGAAACUAGGUGUCUACCCUCCUCUAGAAGACCCUUGUGAAGGGGAGGAGAAUGAGGACCAGUGGGAGGGAGAGAAGGGAGUGGAGCACUCUCCCACCAAAGCUGCUGAUCAUCCAGAGACAGUGACUUCUAAGAGAUCAGUCAAGUUUUCCUGCGACAUAGAGCCGGCCCAGGAGAUUCAACCAGCACAAGGAGGACAAGAGGACGAAGAGGAGGGGGAAGAAGAAGCAAGAGAGGAGGAAGAAGACGAAGAAGAAGACGAAGGGGAUAAAAGUGAGGUGGCAACAAGAGAGAAGAGUCGAGGAAACAACUGAGAGCUAGAGAGAGUCCAACGACAUGAGAAUGAGGGAGGUGUCAAAUAGUUAAAAAUUGAGGAACUUGGAAAAAAUAAAGAGUUUUUGUUUAAAUAUGUGACUUUGGUGAAAUUUAGAAUGUGAGAUUUCUGUACUUUUUCACCUUCCUCUUCGGUAGAAGACAGAGCGGACAGAGAGGUAUUGUCUGUGAGGAGUCCAUUUAACGAAAAGGUGAAGAAUGAUCCACUGACAGUGAAAUGCUGACGCCACUUUGGCCUGAUGUCCUUUUGUUUAAAGAGGAGCUGAUGGGUCAAAGUCAAUGUGACCAAAUAUCCCCUGUAUGGCCAGAUCCUUCUCUCUCCCUCAGUGUUCCUGCUCAGACCUCAGUGUUCAUUUAAAAUCAGUUAUCAAUAUAUACGUACCACAGAUCAUCCUUCAUGUAGAAAAGAGGACAUUCCUCUUGUGUCACCGUUGGCCCAAAUAUAUAAAAGAAUCAACGUUUUAAAGAUGAGAAGUAAUCACUUCAAGACAAAAACAAACAUCCAAGUUAUCUUUACUUUAGUUUAGUACUGCAGUUGUCAGACACUAGCAGGAUCUAAGCCAUGGAUUUGUGCUAUCUGAUGUCCUGUCAUGUCUUCAGUGUCUUGUGUUUUGCACCACCGUCUUGUGGCAUCUGCCACAUAAGACAGAUUUAAAGCAGGAAAAGCCGCUGAACCACGGCUACAAAAGUCAUGAUAAGAGUUAUUGCUACUGCGUGUAGUACUCACCAGAAACUCAACUUCUACCUAUAGAAAUGUAGAAUAAGCUACAAUCCCCUGCAAAAUAUAAACAGUUUCAUUUAAAAAAUAUUUUCUGAAUAAAUAAUCCUUUUAAUCAUUUAAACCUUGAUGUGUUUUUCAUGACGUGUUUUUCAUCACCUGCUGCCAGCCUGCCGUCUGCUAGUAUUUUCUGCUUUUCCUUCUCACUUGCAAAUACUUGUACAUUUCUAUGUGGAGAUAUUUAACAUGAGAAAAUAUAGUUCUACUGUAGGUGACGCACCAGGGUAGGAAAAUUAACAUUUUUAAUAACUAGUAAUGCAGUUACUCCACCUCAGUGGCAUUCAAACUCCAUGACCAACGUUUCUGGAUUCUUUUUCAGAUGUUUAUUUUGUGACUGUUAAAUUCAAAAUUAGCAUUAGCAUUUAUAUCAUUUUUGCUGCCCUUUUCUCAGUACUCACCUCAAACUAGAGUUAAAAAUGUUAGAAGCUACUACUGCACAUGUGAUGAUGAAUUAAUUCAAACACAAUUUCUGUAAUAAAUAAUAUUGGAUUUUUGACCUUAAUUUAUGAAAGUCUGUAAUAAACAAAAACACCAAAAAACAACAUUUUGUAUAUAUAUAUAUAUACAUAUAUAUAUUGUAUAAAAUAUUUUGUAGGAACCCAGCGACUCUUUGCUACCAAAAGGAUACUGAAACUGAUGGUAACAAAUGUCAGUAAAGGUUUUUGAGCAAGCAAUUUUAGAUGUGAUUUUUCCCCCGUCUGCUUUUAGUUUCUUAACAUCAUUAGAAACUGUUGGGCUAUUUAAGAACAAAGCUACCUCUGAUUCAUUUUAAAGUAUCCUAACACCCCCCAGAACCCACCUCCUACCCCUGCCUCACACACUUCAAUCAAUUCAUUUGAAAAUAUACAGAUUUUUUUAAAAUUAAAUUUACAGUUGUUUUUUUUGUUUUGUUUUGUUUUUUUGGUGACCCAUCUCCUGAGGGUCACGACCCAGCCUUUGGGAAACAAUGGUCUAUAAUACGGGUCAAACCCAGCCAAAUGUGGUGUGUGUGGGAGCCCAGACUUUUUAAAACAACCUUGGAUAUGAAGUUCGACAUGAGGGACACUUAAAUUUCCCAGUGUGCAACAGUAAAAUAAAUAGUUUAGAGGCCCGUUUUUCUUUGUGGGACCAGAUCUGAUUUGGUUGUUUUUUUUCUACAGAUAACACUCCCUCCGUUUUAUUGUCUUUGUGUUUGAAGUUAGCAACAAUUUAAAAUGUUCUCAUUCAGCUUCUGUAUAAUUUACAAUUUCUCUCUCCAUGUGAUGUGGUUGUUUUGAAGUGAGCAGCUUUAUGACAUUGAAAUAAACAAUUCCAUGUU